GCCGCCGCGGAGCGGAGCCGGUGCCGGAGCCGGUGUCCGAGAGGCGGCGGCGGCGCCGCGAGCCCCGAGCCCACUCCGGCCCGGCCCGCGCUCUCCGCCUCCGCCUCCCGGGCCGGCGGCGGCGGCGGCGGCUGCGGGCGAGCUCGCGGGGCCCGGGCCGCCCCCAGCCCCAGCCCGCCGGGCCCCGCCCCCCGCCGAGUGCAUGAGGUUGACGCUACUUUGUUGCACCUGGAGGGAAGAACGUAUGGGAGAGGAAGGAAGUGAGUUGCCCGUGUGUGCGAGCUGCGGCCAGAGGAUCUAUGAUGGCCAGUACCUCCAGGCCCUGAAUGCUGACUGGCACGCAGACUGCUUCAGGUGUUGUGAGUGCAGUGCCUCUCUCUCGCACCAGUACUACGAGAAGGAUGGGCAGCUCUUCUGCAAGAGGGACUAUUGGGCCCGCUAUGGAGAGUCCUGCCAUGGGUGCUCGGAGCACAUCACCAAGGGGCUGGUCAUGGUGGCCGGGGAGCUGAAAUACCACCCCGAGUGUUUCAUCUGCCUCACGUGCGGGACCUUCAUCGGUGACGGGGACACCUACACGCUGGUGGAGCACUCCAAGCUGUACUGCGGCCACUGCUACUACCAGACUGUGGUGACCCCCGUCAUCGAGCAGAUCCUGCCCGACUCCCCCGGCUCCCGCCUGCCCCACACAGUCACCCUAGUAUCCAUCCCAGCCUCGGCUCAUGGCAAACGUGGCCUCUCGGUCUCCAUCGACCCCCCGCACGGCCCGCCGGGCUGCAGCACAGAGCACUCCCACACCGUCCGCGUCCAGGGAGUGGACCCAGGCUGCAUGAGCCCAGAUGUGAAGAAUUCCAUCCACGUCGGAGACCGGAUCCUGGAAAUCAAUGGCACGCCCAUCCGCAACGUGCCCCUGGAUGAGAUUGAUCUUCUGAUCCAGGAAACCAGCCGCCUGCUCCAGCUAACUCUUGAGCACGACCCACACGACACGCUGGGCCAUGGGCCAGGGCCUGAGCCCAGCCCCCUGGGCUCCCCAACCCACACUCCCAGCGGGGAGGUGGGCAGCUCUUCCCGGCAGAAGCCUGUCCUGAGGAGCUACAGCAUCGACAGGUCCCCAGGUGCUGGCUCCCUGGGCUCCCCGGCCUCCCAGCGCAAGGACCUGGGUCGCUCUGAAUCCCUCCGUGUGGUCUGCCGGCCGCACCGAAUCUUCCGGCCGUCGGACCUCAUCCACGGGGAGGUGUUGGGCAAAGGCUGCUUCGGCCAGGCCAUCAAGGUGACGCACAGGGAGACAGGCGAGGUGAUGGUGAUGAAGGAGCUGAUCCGGUUUGACGAAGAGACACAGAGGACAUUCCUCAAGGAGGUGAAGGUCAUGCGAUGCCUGGAGCACCCCAAUGUGCUCAAGUUCAUCGGCGUGCUCUAUAAGGACAAGAGACUCAACUUCAUCACUGAGUACAUCAAGGGGGGCACCCUCCGUGGCAUCAUCAAGAGCAUGGACAGCCAGUACCCGUGGAGUCAGAGAGUGAGCUUUGCCAAGGAUAUCGCUUCAGGGAUGGCCUACCUCCACUCCAUGAACAUCAUCCACCGGGACCUCAACUCCCACAACUGCCUGGUCCGAGAGAACAAGAACGUGGUGGUGGCCGACUUUGGGCUGGCACGGCUCAUGGUGGAAGAGAAGACACAGCCCGAAGACCUGCGAAGCCUCAAGAAGCCAGACCGCAAAAAGCGCUACACGGUGGUGGGCAACCCGUACUGGAUGGCGCCUGAGAUGAUCAAUGGCCGCAGCUACGAUGAGAAGGUGGAUGUGUUUUCCUUUGGAAUCGUCCUGUGCGAGAUCAUUGGGCGGGUGAACGCUGACCCUGACUACCUACCCCGCACCAUGGACUUUGGCCUCAACGUGCGAGGCUUCCUGGACCGCUAUUGCCCCCCAAACUGCCCGCCGAGCUUCUUCCCCAUUACCGUGCGCUGCUGUGAUCUGGACCCUGAGAAGAGACCCUCCUUCGUGAAGCUGGAACAAUGGCUGGAGACCCUCCGCAUGCACUUGGCCGGCCACCUGCCACUGGGCCCGCAGCUGGAGCAGCUGGACCGGGGCUUCUGGGAGACCUACCGGCGUGGCGAGAGUGGACUGCCUGCCCACCCCGAGGUCCCCGACUGACCCCGGCCCACCCAGCUGCCCCCGUCCCCACCUGCAGAGAAUCCACCCAGCACCAGACUCCUCUGCGGGCGGCAGCCGGCUGUGGAGCCCUCAGCUGGGCAGCAGGCAGGCAGGCUCCUCCCCGGCGCCGGGCCCUGACUUGCCUUCUCCUACCCUGCGGGCCGUGGCCCCUUUGCCCCGUCUCUGCCCCCGGCCCCGGCGCCGGCCUGGCUGCACACACACCGUCACCUCACCCUGCCUUACCUCUGUGUUGGUGGGGCCGCCCCCUCUCGCUUCUCUUUGCAUGAGCCGGAGGACCCAUCCCGCACCCCAUCGCCCCCGGCCGCCCUGCGCACACCCCACCUGUCCGCAGCUACUCCGAGGCUGGGCUGGCAGACGGCCUCGGACCGGGCCCGGUAACGGCUGGGCAUGUGGGAGGGCGCGGAACGAGGGAGAGGCCAAGCUCCUGGGGUCCUUCACCUCCCGGGGGGUGGGGUGUCUCGGUAGCAGCAGGUAUCGAUAAUUGCCCGAACCCCAAAACAGGGAGAGGUCAGCUCCUGCAGGGUGGAAUUCCCCGGCGGCUAAGCAGCAGGCCUCUCUUGCUCUGGAUCUUUUCAUUUCUUUAUUGAAGCCACUUUAGUGAGAAGCAGGUACCAGGCCUCAGGGUGAAGGGCGGGCCCACUGAGGGAGAAGGGGAGUAGUUGGGUCCCUGGGUCAGAGCUGCUGGGAGGAGCCGCAGAGGGACGCUGGGCAGAGCGGACGAGGCAGGCGUCCACCAGCAGCCCGGCCCCUGCAGUUCAUCUCCGUGCCCCUCCGGGCUUCUCCCCAGGCUCCCUGCCCUCCCCACGGCCCUCAGUCCUCUGGGUUCUUCCUGUGUAAUCUAUUUUUUAAGAAGAGUUUGUAUUAUUUUUCAUACGGCUGCAGCAGCUGCUGCCGGGGGGCUUGGGGUUUUAUUUUUCUGGCGGGCGGGGGUGGGGGGGCCAUUUUGUCACUUUGCCUCAGUUGAGCAUCUAGGAAGUAUUAAAACUGUGAAGCCUUCUCAGUGCACUUUGAAACUGGAAAACAAUCCGAACAGGCCCAUGGGACCGCGAGUCCAGGGGGUGGGACACGUCCCCACCGUCCGGGAAUCGUGGUGUCUAAGGAACAAAACCCAGACCCAGAACAAUAAAAUAAAUUCCAUACUCCCCA